GACGCGGACAGUUCAAGGUGGUUCAGAUAUCAGCGCUCUGCGCGCAACAGGACGCACUGACUUAUUCUCAGCAGGAAUACAUUUACAUCUCAAACACAGCGAGAUCCGAUUGCUUGAAUCGUCGAAUCCAUUUUCUCUAAACGGAAACAGCUGGAAAAGAGAUGAAAACGUGGAGAGUCGGGUUUCUGUACUUUCUGGUGUUGAACGCGGCUGUGCAGUAUGUGAUGUCUCUGGAAGAAGAGCUCACUGAUUCUAUUUUUGGUAACUUCCUCGAUCCCCUGAAAGACUUGUUUGACCACAAGGAUGACGCCAAUCAAACCGUCGCCAGAUUCUCCCUCCGUAAACCAUCCCACCCUGAUGAUGACCUGUGUUACAUCGUUCCUGGGAAGCCUGACUCCCUGGCAGCGUGCACCUUCAACAGCACCUCCAAAACUUUUCUAGUAAUCCACGGAUGGACGUUGAGUGGGCUGUUUGAAAGCUGGGUGGAGAAGCUUGUGUCAGCUCUGUAUGAAAGAGAGCAGACGGCCAACGUCAUCGUGGUGGACUGGCUCAGCUCGGCACAGAACCACUACGUGGUCGCAGCUCAGAAGACCAAAGCGGUGGGACACGAGAUCGCUCGCUUCAUCGACUGGAUCGAGGAAACCACCAACAUGCCUCUGGAAAACCUCCACCUGAUCGGCUACAGCCUCGGGGCUCAUGUGGCAGGGUUUGCUGGAAGCCACGCAACCAAUAAAGUCGGAAGAAUAACUGGUCUGGACCCGGCUGGUCCUGACUUUGAGGGAGAGCAUGCCCACAGGCGUCUGUCCCCCGACGACGCUCACUUUGUGGACGUCCUCCACACCUUCACGCGGGGCUCUCUGGGUCUCAGCAUCGGGAUCCAGCAGCCUGUCGGACAUGUCGAUAUUUACCCGAACGGAGGCAGCUUCCAGCCGGGCUGCAACCUCAGGGGAGCCUUGGAGAAGAUCGCAAACUUGGGGUUAUUCGCUAUUACUGAUGCAGUGAAGUGUGAACACGAGCGCUCGAUCCUCCUGUUCAUUGACUCUCUGCUGAACGAGCAGGAAGCAGCCAAGGCCUACAGGUGCGGCAGCAACGACAUGUUUGACCGCGGCAUGUGUCUCAGCUGCCGCAAAAGCCGCUGCAACGCGGUGGGCUACGACAUCAGCAAGGUCCGCAAGGCGCGCAACGUUCAGAUGUACACCAAGACACGAGCCUCCAUGCCUUUCAGAGUUUACCACUAUCAGCUGAAGAUCCACUUCUCCAGCCAGGUGAACCGUUCAGAGAUGGAGCCGUCCCUCACCGUCUCACUGUUCGGAACAAAAGGAGAGGCUGAAAAUCUGGAGCUCAAACUAAAGGAGAAAAUAGCGACGAAUAAGACCCAUUCAUUCCUGCUGGUGACGGAGAAAGAUAUCGGAGAUCUGCUAAUGUUGAAGUUUAAAUGGGAGGAUGAAAAUGGUUGGUCAACCUCCAGCAUGUUGAAGAUGGUUUCCUCUUGGUGGUCCGGUGACUCAGACAGUGCCAACAUGGAGGUUCACAAGAUCCGGAUCCGAGCUGGAGAGACCCAACAAAAGAUGGUGUUCUGUGUAAAAGACCCUGAAGCCCAGGCAUUAACACAUGAGGUCACGUUUGUUAAAUGUAAGGAUGCGUGGAGGACGAACCCCAAACGGUCUCCAAGAAGAGUAACUCUGGGGAAACACUGAUGGCGAAGACUCCACUGUUGAACGCCCUUCAGUCCACGACAGCACUUAAAGUAAAUAAUUUAUACAACUGUAACUUAUUUUAUUUCUCUAACGAUACAAAACUCUUACUGCCUUGUAUAUGUAUAUAUGUACACCGACUGGCCACUUGUAUAACCUAGUGUGAUCCAUAAAUUCUGCCUAUAUUAUAAUAAUAAUAGUAUUCACUUUUGAUUGGCAUUGUGAGAGAGUUAUUAAUUUCCCUGUAUAUUUAUUAUAGAGGUUGUUGUUUGCAGUACUUUUGAACUGGAGUGCAUUAUAUUAAGAGGUGUUUCUAAUAUUUUGGCCACCCAAUUCACAUAUAUGGUCGGGCCAGAAUAUUAGAAACUGAAAUGUGACCUCAAUAUUAAACAUAAAGUAGAAUUAUUACCUUUCUGACAGUCAACGAAACCUGAAAAACUACUACUGGUGUACCUAAUGAAGUGGCCAGUUGGUGUAAAUCCACAAACCUAUUUAAAAAAAGUAUGUGUGUGAAUACUGUAAUAUAUUUUGUAAAGAACUAUUUCUAUGACAUGUAACUGUAACUUCAUUGUUGCACAAAUAGUAAAUCUUUUGGGAUACUAGUUACUGCAGAGGUGUGACUGACUGGAUUUACAUAAAUAGUUCUGGUACUGAUGUCCCUAUUGUGUAAAAAAAAGUUCAAUUUAAUGACAAUAGGAGACCACUGUGAACAGUAAUCCUCUUGUGUGUCUGCAGACAAAAUGAGAGGAAAAUACCCGUUGAGAUGAAUUUCUUUAGGUGUUUAAUGCAAUAGGAUGCGGUUGAUUUACCUUUAUAUGUUAUCAAACUAACAGAGCAUUCACCACUGUGGCCCGCAGCUCUGUAUGUGACUGUGGGACCUGUAACAGUGUGCCUUACUGUAAACUCUUGCCAUACGUAAACUGUCGCAAACUGAACUCUUAUUUAACCUCAGUCUGCUUUUGAUUCUAUGACACUGACUGAAACAUCUAAACAUUCAAAAGUGGCUUUAAACACUUUUUUUUUACUGCUGCAUCACUGCAAGAUGUUACUUUGAAGCUGUUACCUCAAAGAAGCACCUGACAGUUUGUCUUCCGUAGUUCUCUUUAAGUUUUAUGAGCUAAGGGAUGCUCUGCGUGAGGUAGAAAGUAUUGUACUUGUACUGUCUUGACUGCAGUUUUUACUGUGCAUGUCACUUUUUAAAUCUUGACUAAUGCUCUUUUUAUUCGUGCUUACAUUUCCACUCCGUUAGCAGUGUGUGUAAACCUCGGCUCUUUAGAGAUCGGUACUGUAAUCAUUGUGACUGCGUUUCCACCUACUUUAAAAAUGUGGAAAUGUUUUACUUUUGCACUGAAAACAGGGGAAGAGAUUAUUAAACCAAGUUACUUGUACAGAUAUGUAAAUACCAUAAUACAGACGAUAGAUUUUGUAGUAUGGAACACUAUUAGUUAUAUAUUUUUACCUCUGGAUGAAUCUGUAAAAUGUGCAUUUCUAUAAUCUUUUGUACAUAUUUGUAAAUAUUGACUGUACUGUAUAAAUUCUUUAAUAAACCAAAACUGCCAUCUGGGA